UUAGAAUUGUAAAAAAAACACUCAGUUGAGCCCACAAAGAAAACACGGAGUGACCGGCUAUAGAACAAGCAACAUUCCUUUCUAACCUCACUUCGGGAGGGGGGUAUCUUCUGCUGGAACUUCCGGAUCACAUUUGCUGGGAGAGCAGCACACACCCACCUGAUGACCAUUUCUUUUGUAGUCUACAAGGCAAAUGUAAUUGAUAUGAAUCCAGCUGAUUUAAGAAUGGUGUGGAUGGGACACAAUUCUAUUAUAAUGGAUGAAAAUGCAACAAAUCCAUUUAUCGCCCAGACAUCCCUGCCAUCGUCCAUGGGACUUUCUGUGAUGGAUGAUCUUAGCCAACAAACGCAGUCUAUGGUAAAUUUUGAAGAUGUUAGUCCCAUGAUGGGUGUUGUGUCGGAUUUCUCAAAUGGUCAGGCAUCGACACAACUUUCGGGCGAGCAGCACCAGUCGCUGUACAGUUUACCGGCUCAUGUAACCUCGGCGGGUCCGAUUCAGGUGCAGGUGGCGGCUGCACCUGUGAACAAUUGUCUUGACGCGACAGCGUACAAAAUUAAUCCCAUACCGCUGUCUGAGCUCGACAACGAGAGUCUCCAGGAGCACUUUCAACAGCAACAACAGCAAAUCCUCCUAAACAAUGAGCACCAGGGUAAUUUUCGGUACCGUCCAUUUGGACUUGAUAAUGGGGUUGAGAUGGUAUCGGAAUUCGAUAUAAGUGACUUCAUAAUGCAGCAGCAGCAACCACAGGUGGAUAGCAGCGAUGAAUUCUCCAUGGGAGCUGUAUCCCCAAAACAACAAUCAAUUGCCACGCAAACAAGCCUUGAUUGUAAAGACACAUUUAGAAAAAUAAGGCCUGUUAAAAGGCCGGGAUUGGUUCUAAAGACACCUAUUGCGUACGAAGGAAAUGUCGAUCCCUCAGAAAUUCCUAUACAAAAAGACGGCAUGGCUGUUUGUGAAAAGUGUGGCGCCAUUGGCGUAAAGCACUCUUUCUACACGAAAGAACGACGUUUCUGCAGCAUGUCCUGUGCAAGGAACUUCGGCACGAGUUCAGAUCGUAAAAGCAUCAUGGAAGCAUCAACAUUGGAAGAUUUUGAGUUAUCUCUGAAAGCAUCAACUGUUCCCAAUACAAAUUACAAAUUUAUGUACAAACCGGUGAAGGAGUCAUCGUCGAGCAGUAGUGAAUUGUUUCGUGAUGUGAUGCCACAGGAAGAGAUGCCACAAUUGAUGCCUGUUAAAAUGGAACCAAUGUGUGUGGAGGAAGAAAAAAUUGAAACCGUACGACGACGUCCAGGUGAUUCAUUUGAUUGGACUCCUGAAUUGGGGAAAGAGGACUUUGUAGCGGCACCAGUUACGUGCUUUCGGCACGUUCCGGGGUACGAUGUGUGGUCAAAAGUUUCAGUGGGUAUGAAAGUGGAAGUAGAAAAUACUGACUGUGAUAAGGAGAGUCAAAUGACAACAGCUGUUGCCGGGUAUGUUCCUCAUUCAUUUUGGGUGGCGUCAUUGCUACGUAUUCAGGGGUACAAGGGGCUCCUCCGCUAUGAGGGCUUUGACGACGAUGCCAGUCAUGAUUUCUGGGUGAAUCUAUGCUCAUCGGAAGUUCAUCACGUAGGGUGGUGUGCUACACGCGGAAAGCCUCUCAUCCCCCCAAAGACAAUAGCAAAAAAGUAUUCGGAUUGGAAAACAUUCUUGACGAAUCGCCUCUCCAAUGCUCGCACCCUUCCGACGACAUUUUACAACAAACUCAGUGAGAGCUUCAAGUCACGUUUUCGACCUGGACAGCAGUUGGAAGUGGUGGACAAAAAUCGUAUAUCCCAGGUGAAAGUGGCCACAAUUCAGAAGAUUGUGGGAAAGCGAUUGUAUGUGCGCUACUACGAUGAUGUCGAUGACAAUGGGUUCUGGUGUCAUGAGGAUUCUUCACUUAUUCAUCCUGUUGGAUGGGCAACAACGGUUGGCCAUAGAAUAUCUGCCCCUAUGUACUACAUGAAUCGCAUGGGUCAGGCUAAUGAUUCAAUGAUUGAACUUAUGCCUGAUGACACAACGCAUGAUCUCUUCAAGAUGAAUUUCACUUACGAAGAAUACUAUUUAGAUGGCAAGGUGUCCUUGUUCCGAGAAGGAAUGAAACUCGAAGCAAUUGAUCCCCUUAAUCUCUCGUCAAUUUGUGUUGCAACAGUGAUGGCGGUUCUCAAAUUUGGCUACAUGAUGAUCCGUAUUGACUUCUACGAUCCUAUAGCGAAUGGUACUGAUUGGUUCUGCUACCAUGAAAAAUCCCCGUGUAUUUUUCCUGUGGGCUUCUGCGCGAGAAAUAAUAUUCAGCUGACCCCACCGGCGGGCUAUACACCUAACAAGUUUAACUGGGAUGAUUACUUGAAGUCUACCGGUAGCCCGGCAGCUGGAGAGGAACUUUUCAACAUGGAAGUGCCACAUCACAAAUUUCAAGUGAACAUGAAAAUCGAAUGUGCGGAUUUAAUGGAUCCCCGUUUGGUGUGCGUAGCUACGAUAUCGCGUGUCGUGGGACGUCUGUUGAAAAUACAUUUUGAUGGGUGGGAAGACGAAUACGAUCAGUGGUUGGAUUGUGAAUCGCCAGACAUAUUCCCUGUUGGUUGGUGUGUGAUGGUGAAGCAUCGACUUGAGGGUCCCAAAUUAAUGUCUCCAUUGAAGCCAAUUCCAGUAAAGAAACGAAGUAAAAAGAAAGGGAGAGGGAGAAAAGGAAUGAAAAAUACCACAUCUCCAUCAACCCCGAAGGUGGAAAAAGAAAGUGUGAAUAAAAUAGCGAGGAGCAUAGAAAGGCGACCGGAAGGUUCAAAAUUCACCCAAAUGCUAUCCAUAAAGAAGGAGCAGUCUCACUCGGAGGAUGAGGAGGAACUAAGUGGUGGUGAGAGCGACAUCUCCGAGCAAACAAUUCAGACCGAACAUAGUGAUACAUCAUCUUCGUUUGCCACUGUCAGCAAUUCUGAGAAAAUCAAGCCGGUAGCUCCAUCUUCGUCAUCCACAUCUCCACUUUCCAAUCCACCGUCCGAAAGAAAAGCAACAAGCUACAUCGGGAACUCUUUAGUGAGCAGCCCAAAAUAUAUCCCACGACUGAAUGCUAUGGGAAGCUGUCCAGAUACCGCACCACCACCGGCAACGGGGAGUGAUAUGGAAUUGUGUCCUGAUGUAUGGAACAUCUUUGAUGUUGCAACAUUUCUGCGUGUAAAUGACUGGACAGCAUACUGUGACACCUUCAGUCGCAACAAAGUAGACGGAAAGCGUCUGCUGGAGCUGACAAAAGACGAGAUAAUCACGAUGCUUGGAAUGAAAGUGGGGCCCUCACUUAAAAUUUAUGAUCUCAUUCAGCAACUGAAGUGCAAGCUAAAUCCCACACAAUCCAGGCGCAUCAAAAACUUUUUAUAGUAUCACUAAAUAAUUUAUGAUGUGUUCUUUUGUGCGCGGCAAAAACACAGUGUAAAUUUGAGAUCUAAAAAUUGUUUUAAUAGCUUUGUGCACCUACCUACCUAUGUGUAUGUAUAUAAAAUGUAGUCGUAAGGGUGGGUAUAGAGAUUUAGCAAGUUGUCCUAAUAAAACAUUGGUAUGUUUUCAUGUACUCACCACCCACAGCCAGAACUUCAGACACGAGGCAAGAGAUAAGCAAUUUGUCUAUUUUUUUUUUUUGAUCAAAAUCCAGUGAUUUGCCUCCUGCGAGACUCACUGCAGUAAUUUCUUUUGGACGUUAUAACAUCAAAUGGGAAAUAAACUGAAUCAGGGAUUAGUUGUAUAAAAAAAAACAGCUGUGAGGAAGUGUGGAGUUGUAAAUAAUUUAAAAAAUGCCAUAUAUAGUGCAGUUGUCCGGAAAAUCAUUCUAAGGCAUCCCUUUUUUUGUAAUUGAAGUCUCAAAGAAAAAAAUAAUGUAUAUUUGCAGCACACUGAAUGAAAGUAGAAAAUAUAAGUUAUUUAGAUAUCAAAACUCUCAAAA